CUUCACUUGAAUAACAAGGUCCCUAUAAUUUAUCGGAAAUGUACACCCCCAGCGCGUGAAAGAUACGUAGCUUCGGCUGCGUGUUCUACUUGACAUCUUCUGAGUCGCCAUCCCGUUCAGGCCCAAAGACAUAAUCAUGCCGCCAACCAACCCAUGGGGAAAGAAACCACCACAACGCAAUACUACCUCCUCGGGGUUCCCCGAAUUGAAACCAAGUAAAUCGAAUGAUGCGGUGCCGAAAUCGCUGGCAUCGAAGUCCCAAUAUGAAGAGAUACAAGAGGACGAGCUCAUUGCCCUUGCCUCAAUAUACGGUGAAGACUUUCGCAAGAUAGAGUCGAGCCUGGGGGCAUGGAAGAAACCAGAGCCAUGCUUCGAAAUACGGAUCAAGUCCUCCGAUGAAGAGAUAGCCGCGACCCUUCGUGUGACUCUGACCGCUACAUACCCAAAGACAGAACCACUAUUAAGCAUUAAGGACGAUGGUAGCUUACGAGAAGGGACCCGGUAUAAGAUCCAAAAGAUAGUGGAGACAAAACCCAAGGAGCUGGUUGUAGAAGAGCAGGCAAUGAUCAUGGAAAUCGUCAAUGCCUGCUUGGACGUCUUGGAAGAUGCUGCGCAAGCCAAAGCUGCAGGAAAAGAAUUACCCAGUCUGGUAGAAGAGCGUGCUGCUCAUGAAGCAGCUGCGGCCAAAGUUGCCGAGAAACUGAGAGAGGAGGAAGAAAAGAAGAAACAACAGGAGAGUUUGGAGGAAGAACGCAUGCAAAAUUCAUUGGUAGAAGAUGAGCUCAAACGACGGAGAGAGCGAGCCAAGGAGUCGAAAAGGAAGAGCCGUGCCCUUCCAGAAGUCAUCACUCUGGUAUCAAUGGAUACGAGUCUCAGUGGCCAAGGACCGCACGAGUCCCUCGCCUUCGAACAACCGAUCAGCUUGUUAGAUAUUAACAACAACCCCUCCCUCUUUGAGGUCGUAUCGAACAAAGUUUGCAUUCGUCGAGGUCCAUCUUCAAAAUGCUUCACUGUCCGGCCUGUUAUUCCGCAAGGCGCUGGAGAGGUCCCGAUUCUUGUCUUGAAGCAAACUGAUUUGAGCACCGCCAUCAAAGAGACCACAAUCAAAACACAGAUUCAACUAAUCGAGAACGAGUUGAAAUCGUUGAAGGCCAUUCGGCACCAGAACAUCCUUAAAGUCAUUGACUUCAAAGUCCACAAGACAAUUGAUGAGAGCGGAGAAUCAGAGACUGGCUGGACUGUGAGCAUCCUCAGCGAAUAUGCCGAAAAGGGGUCGCUGCAAGAAUUUCUUGAAAUAGUAGGGAGCUUGGGUGUCGAGAAAGUUCGUUCAUGGACGAUUGAGCUCCUUGAAGGUCUGCAAUUUCUCCACGAGAAGGGAAUCGUCCACGAGGAUAUACAUGCCGGCAAUGUACUUCUAGUCCGGGAAUCGAUGGGAGAGGUCCGCCCAAAACUUGCCGAUGCAGGCUAUCAGAGAAAAUUGCAGAACCUCAGUGGGAAGAAACAGCCAACUGAUACUAUUUCGGUCGCGAAGUCUGCCUACUGGCUUCCACCUGAAAUCGCAUCAAACACAAGUCAGCCUAAUUACACACAAAAGACUGAUGUUUGGGAUUUUGGGAUUCUGUUUCUGCAGAUGAUUUUUGGUCUGACAGUCAUUCAGAAGUAUUCUUCCCCAAUCUCCUUGACGGACUCUCUUGCGCUUUCUGAUUCACUGAACGAAAUUGUACUCAAGAUGUUCAAAGCAGAUCCCAAGAAGCGGCCUCGAGCUGUAGAAUUGGGUCCAUCUGAAUUUCUGGCUACAGAUGCACCCGUUCUUGAAGACGAUUCUUCUGAAGCUCCUUCGAGAUUUGGCUCAGUUUCAUCUCUGCUUCCUACCACCCCUCGGCGGCAAAGGCAUGAUUCUAUGAAUACCGGAGGCCCUUUCAAUAGGUCAAGGUACAGAGAAGACUUCGUAGAAGAAGGCCGUCUCGGAAAGGGGGGCUUUGGCGAAGUGGUUAAAGCACGGAAACGGCUUGAUGGACAAAUUUAUGCAAUCAAGAAGAUCACACAAAAGUCUUCGGCUUCACUGACUGAAGUUUUGAAAGAAGUUCGCCUCCUCUCUCAAUUGAGUCAUCCUUCGGUUGUUCGUUAUUACAAUACUUGGACUGAAGAAGUCAAUGAUGUUUCUGAGACUGACGAGGAUACCACUACCACAGAAGCGGGAACGAAUGAGGACUCUGUCAGCGAAAUGUCUCCAGGAACCGGACCCAAUAUCGAGUUUGGUAUUAGUACAGGAGGGCUUGACUUCAUGUCUUCUAGUGGCUACCCUCGGAUUCAAUUUGGUUAUGACGACGCUACGGACAAUGAGGAAGAGUCUGAGGAAGAUGAAGACGAAGUUUCGACUAACCCAGACGAACCAAGUCCCAAUGGAGGUGGUAAUCAACGGCAUAAUCUUCUUGUCCUCAAACGAACUAGGUCCAGUUCACGCUUUCAGCGACCUUUCAAAACAAUCCUGUACAUCUCUAUGGAAUAUUGUGAGAAGCAAACGUUACGAGAUGUCAUCAAACGAGGGCUGUACAAAGACAACGACGAGAUAUGGCGCUUGUUCCGACAAAUUCUCGAAGGCCUUGCUCACAUUCAUGGCCUAAAUGUCGUUCAUCGCGAUCUGAAACCCGAAAAUAUCUUCAUUGACGCCGCUUCGAACGUGAAGAUCGGCGAUUUCGGCCUGGCGACCAGUGGUCAGUACACGGUUGCAGAUAAGGCAGCCUCCACUGCAGUUCAUAUGAGUGGAGAAAUGACGAGGAGUAUUGGAACAGCGUUUUACGUUGCGCCUGAGGUUCGAUCGUCCGUUGGCGGAACUUACACCAGCAAGGUCGAUAUGUACUCUCUUGGGAUCAUCUUCUUUGAGAUGUGUUUCAGACCUCUAGUUAUGGGUAUGGAUCGAGCUUCAGUGGGCCAAGGACUGCGACAAAAGCAGCCCAUCUUCCCACAUGAGUUCAAGAUCUCAGAGAAGCCUGUACAAGCGGACAUUAUCCUGAGCUUGCUCAAUCAUAGCCCAAAAGAUCGACCAUCGAGUGCUGAGCUUCUGAAAGGUGGCAAACUUCCCGUACUGAUGGAAGAUGAGACAAUUCGACAAGCACUAGUUGGUCUCACCGACUCAAAAUCUCCCUACUACGACAAGAUGAUGAAGGCUCUGUUCUCAUUGCCAAUCAAGCCCGCGAAGGAUGUUGCGUGGGAAAUGGGAACGCUGAACCAUAGCGCCAAUGAUCUCUUGCUUCAAGGUCUUGUCAAGCAGAAGUUGACAUCCAUCUUCCGACAACAUGGUGCUGUGGAGACGCCAAGGACCACAUUGUUUCCUCGCUCGAAUCAUUAUGGCCCGAAUGCUGUCCAGCUAUUAGAUGAAAGAGGCGGACUGCUGCAGCUACCGUAUGACCUUACACUCCCGCAUGCCAGGGCCAUUGCAAAGCACGAACCAUCGGUCCAGAGAUCCUUCGCCUUCGGUCGCGUCUUUCGAGACCGGGAUUCUGGAGGCCAACCUCAGACAGUUGGCGAGGUAGAUUUUGACAUUGUUUCCAAUGAUACCUUAGACCUGGCGCUGAAAGAAGCUGAAGUCAUCAAAGUUCUGGAUGAGAUUGUUGGCAGCUUCCCGUCUCUAGCAAGUGCUCAAAUGUGCUUUCACAUAAAUCACUCCGAUCUGCUCAAGCUCAUCUUCGACUUUUGCAUGGUCGAGCCCAGCAUAAGACAUGCUGUCGCAGAGACACUCAGCAAACUCAAUGUCCAUUCAUGGACGUGGCAGAAGAUUAAAGCGGAGCUUCGAUCGCCUCUCAUUGGAGUAUCCGCCACCAGUGUCGACGAUUUACAACGCUUUGACUUUCGUGAUACGCCAAAUAAGGCUUUUGCAAAGCUGAAGACUCUUUUUGAGGGUACCGACGUCUUCGAGAAGGCCUCUUCUGCGAUUGCUCAUCUACGAGAUGUGAUUGAAUAUACCAAGCUCUUUGAUGUCCACAGCAAGAUCUAUGUUAAUCCUCUGGGCACUUUGAACGAGAAGUUCUGCAAGGGUGGAGUCAUCUUUUCAUGCCUAUUCGACCGAAAAGUCAAAGAUGUCUUCGCUGCUGGUGGGCGCUAUGAUUCCCUGAUUCGGGAACAUCGACACAAGACUGGAAGCAAUUCUGAAGAGAGGCAUGCUGUCGGUUUUAACUUGGCAUGGGAAAAGAUGGCCCGACUUCCCAAAGCAAGUGGAAAAGGUUUCUUAAGGAAGCCGGAGGACGAACUAAAUGGGAUCUGGAGCACAAAGAGGUGCGAUGUUCUCAUUGCCAGCCACGACGCAGAAAUCCUACGGACAACCGGUGUUGACAUAGUCCAAACUCUUUGGAGAAACGAGAUCAGCGCCGAAUUAGCGAGAGAUUCCCACUCUCCAGAAGAUCUCCUGUCCAAAUACCGAGACGACCAACAUUCGUGGGUCGUGAUCAUCAAGCAGGAUUCAGUCCUAAAAGUCAAAAGCAUGGAUCGGAAAGACGUCGCAGACACUGAUAUCCCGUCAACUCAAAUUCUCGCUUGGCUGAAGAGCGAGAUCCGUGACCGAGAUCAACGGAAUGGUACUCAUUACCGCGCCAAACUCCAACGCAACAGCAGCCAAGCCGAUCCAGGUGUUACUGAUCACGAGCAAGACGUGCGGGUCCUCAUCGCUGGCACAAAAAGCAAGAAAUCCAAUCGCAAGAAUAUCAUUGAACAAGCACAGGCUCGAGCUGCCUCGCUUGUCCAUGAAUUUUUAGAUGGUCCAAUUGCCGCUAUUGAGACCACCGAUCAGGUUAUGGAAUUGAUAAGAGGAACAAGAUUAAGUGAUCCGGACAGUUGGAGACAGGUUACUCAUGCGGUGCCGACUGCGGAGAGGAGGUAUCUACAAGAGGUUCAUGAUUUGAUAAACACUCUUGCGAAUCAAAAUAAGGAGGUUUCACGGAAUGCGUUUGUGUAUAACUUCCGGACGGGGAAGUGCAUUUAUUACGAUCUUGGGGCGUGAGGCGCUUCCAUCAUUCUGGCCUUAAACACGUAUGCGAAGUGUAUGCAGAAAGCUUACAAAGCAGUGCAUGAUCGUACAUCCAGCUGGUAGU